AUGACGGAGGAGGCACAGCCUGAGACUGAUCUGCGAGUUGACCAGCCGGCACUGCAGACUGACACGGUGGUGUCCUACCACGAGGAUGCUGACAUGUGUAUCCGGAUUUCAGAGUCGGAGGGUGUCAAGGUUCUGUACAAGGCUUGCGCCGCCCUCGUCGCUGCUGCAUCCCCCUCCUUGAAGGCUCUUAUUGCCAGCAAGAAUCAUGACAUCCCUGCUGAUGGCGAGCUGGUCCUUGAUGUCGCUGAUUUCGGGAACGACUCGUACGGUUUGGGCAUCGUUCUUUCCAUCAUCCACUACAAGUUCCAUGGGAUCCCCACUCGGCCUGACGUGGACCAACUUUGCAGCAUUGCUCGCGUGGUCGAGAAGUGCGACUGUGCUCACCUCCUGGUUCCUUACAUGGAUAAAUGGGUUGCUGGCCUCGAGUGGCACAUUGUUAUGAAGGACGACCAAAACGACGAUGAGAAGACUCUGUACUUGGCCUGGGUUUUUGGCGAGGCUCGCUACUUUGCUGGCAUGUUGCCCAAGGUCGCCCACAAGGCCGCGCUCAGUGACACCGGAGUCUUGCUCGACACCCACGGCCAGCCCUGGCACGAUCACGGCCUCCCGCCCGCUGUCGUUGAAUUGAUUGCAAAGACUCGCUACGAAUGCCUGACCAAGGUUAUGAAUUCCGUCGGCCAGCCGCUUAGCGCUCUCCUGCGCGGUGGCGAGGAGGCGCUGAAGUUCUGUCGCAGCAAGGACGCCGAGGCCGAGUUGAGACAGGCAUGCUGGCAGCAGCAGCUUGGCUCCCUCAUGAGUGCCCUCGCGACCGCUAGCUUGUGGCCGUUCCCCUCCGUCGACCAGUGUCUCAUUAGUGUCGUCGAGGCGGGCAAUGACCUUCAGGGCAUCAAAGUCGGACGCUUUAGGGUGCCGCACACACCGCCGCACCUCGACAGCCACAUCAGCUGCGGUAUUCGUCACAAAGAGGCCAUAAAGAGUGCCGUGGAGGAGGAUGUUCCUCUUACCCCCUGGAUCAGCCAGCAGCUUAUUGCCCAUGCACAAAAAUCUGGCGCAUUCAAUGAGGAGGUUUUCAAGAAGAUAAAGGGAAUGGAGGAAGCUAUUGCCAUGCUGGACUCGACCAUUGAGGGCCUGGCCCCGGACGACCGCCGCUCCAAACAGGUCAUGGCCGUCGAUGACUCCGUACCCGAUCUGAACCUCGGAUCGCCGGAGAGCGAGCUCGACAAGUAA